UGGAUGUAUUUGUCAUUUUGUGGAGAGGCAGAGAAGGGUAUGAUCUCCUCGUUUCUGCGCUCACAAAGAGGAGAAGAACUAAAAUCUCAGAGCGAAGAACUUGUAGAUGUUUGAUCAGAGCACGACUAUGGGCGAUGGGAACCACCGCUGUGGACCCAACACGCUAUGUCCCGACCGGAUGGAGGCCAAGUGCCGGUCUCCGGUUCAGAGCUCCACGGACACUCCGGGGACAUCAGCCUCCACGCCGACGUCCUCCAGCGAAGACGGACACGACAAACUCUUGGGAGUGGAUCCUGACUACUGCCGGAGGAUCUUAGUGAGGGAUGCCAAAGGAACCAUCCGGGAGAUCGUGCUGCCCAAAGGUCUGGACCUGGACCGGCCCAAGCGCACGCGCACGUCGUUCACGGCGGAGCAGCUGUACCGGCUCGAGCUCGAGUUCCAGCGGUGCCAGUACGUGGUGGGGCGCGAGCGCACCGAGCUCGCGAGACAGCUCAACCUGUCCGAGACCCAGGUCAAGGUGUGGUUCCAAAACCGCCGGACGAAACAGAAGAAGGACACGACCAAAGAUUCGGACAAACGCUCUUCGUCCACGUCCGAGUCGUUUGCCACCUGUAACAUCCUGCGCCUUCUGGAGCAGGGCCGCCUUUUGUCGGGUCCCGUCCCACCGCCCAACUCCAUCCUGGGAUCCGCGCACCACCACGCAGCAAACGGCUCCCUGCUGAGCAGCGCAGGCGGGGGCUCGUCCAGCUCGCCUGCGAUUAGCAACAGCACUCCGCCCACCUCUCUGCCAGAAGGGACGUUCGGGCUGUCGCUGCCUUCGCUGGGGGGCACCUCGCCCUCACCGCGGCUCGGCGUUCCUCCUCCGCACUCUCUGUGCUUCUCCAUGCCUCUGCUAGGGGGCGCACAUCACGAACUGACAUCUGCCUACGGCUGUGGCUCCUCCGCCUUUGAGCCCUACAUGCGGCUGGACAGGAAGGAGGCAGAUCUUGGCGGGAAAAAGACAGUUUCUUAGAUAAAAUGUGCUCCGCCUUUUGGGGCCGGGAAGAUUGAUCUCUUCGCUCUUUGCUGCCUGUGUGACAUUCGAGCAGCCGAGGAAGCGAAAUUCUCCCUGCGGUCCGAGAAA